CCGGGCCCGGGGGUGUGGUCCCGGGUGCGGGCGGCAUCAGGCUUGGCUCCGCGCUCCUGGGCAACCCCAACCCCCGCGGCCCGUUUCCCGGGAACGGCCCCAGCCCCGCAGCCUGCCCGAGCCCGGGAACGUCCUGACGCCCUCGGGGGACGCCUGCCCGAGAGCCCCCGGACCACCCCGAUUGCAAGCCGCAGAGCGGGAAGCAUGCGGGACUACGACGAGGUGACCGCCUUCCUGGGCGAGUGGGGGCCCUUCCAGCGCCUCGUCUUCUUCCUGCUCAGCGCCAGCAUCGUCCCCAACGGCUUCAAUGGCAUGUCCGUCGUGUUCCUGGCGGGGACCCCCGAGCACCGCUGCCGCGUGCCGGACGCCGCGAACUUGAGCGGCGCGUGGCGCAACCACAGCGUCCCGCUGCGGCUGCAGGACGGGCGCCAGGUGCCCCACAGCUGCCGCCGCUACCGGCUGGCCGCCAUCGCCAACUUCUCGGCGCUCGGGCUGGAGCCGGGGCGCGACGUGGACCUGGCGCAGCUGGAGCAGGAGGGCUGCCUGGACGGCUGGGAGUUCAGCCAGGACGUCUACCUGUCCACCAUCGUGACCGAGUGGAACCUGGUGUGCGAGGACAACUGGAGGACGCCGCUCACCACCUCCCUGUUCUUCGUGGGCGUCUUGCUGGGCUCCUUCGUGUGCGGGCAGCUGUCGGACAGGUGAGGACCCUGCCGGGGACAGCAGGUGGGCUGGUGGUUCACUCGCUGCCUGUCUCGGGAGUUUGAGGUUGCUCUACGUGUUUUCAAUUCUCUUGGAGUUGAACAUGAGUCCAACUACCUAGGAGCCAAGGUGCCAGGAACAGAGAUUCUUGGCAAGUCAGUCCGUAUCAUAUUCUCCACGCUAGGGGUGUGCACAUUCUUUGCAGUCGGCUACAUGCUGCUGCCGCUGUUUGCUUACUUCAUCCGGGACUGGCGGAUGCUGCUGCUGGCGCUGACGGUGCCGGGGCUGCUGUGCGUGCCGCUGUGGUGGUUUAUUCCUGAAUCUCCCCGGUGGCUGAUAUCCCAGAAGAGAUUUAAAGAGGCUGAAGAUAUCAUCCAGAAAGCUGCGAAAAUGAACAACAUAGAGAUACCGGCCGUGAUAUUCGAUCCUGUGGAGUUGCAGGAGCUAACCCCCCUGAAGCAGCACAGAGUCUUCAUCCUGGACCUGUUCAAGACCGCGAACAUCGCCACCAUCACCGUCAUGUCCCUGCUGCUGUGGAUGCUAACCUCUGUGGGUUACUUUGCUCUUUCUCUGGAUGCCCCUAAUUUGCACGGAGAUCCCUACCUGAACUGUUUCCUCUCCGCCUUGAUUGAAGUUCCGGCUUACGUCACGGCCUGGCUGCUGCUCCGCACCCUGCCCCGGCGUUACAUCAUAGCCGGGGUGCUGUUCUGGGGAGGCGCCGUGCUCCUCUUAAUUCAGCUGGUACCUGCAGAUUACUACUUCUUGUCCAUUGGCCUGGCCAUGCUGGGAAAAUUCGGGAUCACCGCCGCCUUCUCCAUGCUGUACGUGUUCACGGCGGAGCUGUAUCCGACGCCGGUCAGGAACAUGGCCGUGGGGGUCGCGUCCAUGGCCUCCAGGGUGGGCAGCAUCAUUGCUCCCUACUUUGUCUACCUCGGUGCUUACGACAGGCUUCUGCCCUACAUCGUCAUGGGCAGUCUCACCGUCCUGAACGGAAUCAUCACCCUGUUCUUCCCCGAAAGCUUGGGAAUGACUCUCCCGGAGACCUUGGAGCAGAUGCAGAAAGUGAAAGGGUUCAGAUCUUGGAAAAAAGCAAGACAGUCAAUGGAGACAGAAGAAAAUCCCAAGGUUCUAAUAACUGCAUUCUGAUAAAAUUUCUACCCCUUUGGUGAAAACUGGAAAACAGAUAAAUAAGACUCUGUGAAAACCUGGAGCCUUUCCUGCCGAAAUGGACCGAAUAUAACAAUUAACACUAAAAUGGACUUUGUUAUCCAGAAAUGCUUGUUGUGUGGUAAACUUUGGACUGUUCUUGCAGAUAAUGUACUUGUUUUUAAAAAACAAACUAUUUCUAGAGAGCCUUCUUACUAAUUAAUUCUUACUAAUUAAUUCAAGGAAAUGGAUUGGUAAGAUAGUUUUGAAAAUAUGUUAGUAAAAGACUGGUAAAACCCAUAUAAAGACUAACACUCAUUUCCUAACAUACAAAUUACUAUCCAAAUAAAAAGAGUGUCAUUGUAUUACGACAACUAUUAGAUGACAACAGUGUGUAUGUAUGUACACAUGAAAACCAGCACAUUCAAAAUUAUGGGGGUUGUGUUUUGUUUCUUGUUUUUCUGUUUUUUUUGAGACAGGAU